CAAUUGCAACUCGGCAAUUCCUUGCUGGACGAGCCAGAAGACUGCAGACUCAGACUCAGACUCACCUCCAACGGCCGCCUCCAUCGCAGCCCGGGGAUUUGUUCCGAAUGCUCACUUUUUGCGUCUACUCCAGUCUCCAGCCUCUGCGAGCAGCGAGCAGCGAGCAGAAGGGUUUGGGCUACUCUGUGUCCUCGGCCAUAUCUGACAAACUGGGUAACAACACCGCGUACCUGUCUCCACGGAAUCCUCAAUUACCACUCUGCAAAGCUACGGAGUACUGCUUCAGACCUCCAGUUCAUUCCCCUCGAGGCAGCUCGGACUGCAUGCAGCAAAAGUUGUGCGGAAUAUCCACCACAAGCCCGCCUCUUAGCGUACUUCUAGAAGACCCCCCGGAGCUCCUCGUUGCUUCGGUUUGCUCGGCAGCUCACGGGCGGUGUCCCACUGGAGAGGCUUCGGGUCACCCUCAGGGUCCAGUCGAUACCCCUGCUGGCGUCUCCUUGGUGCCUCUACGAUCCUGGUAUUCCUGGUAUCCCGGUCUUGUACCACCAGGCGACGGACAGGGCUGACUUUGAACCGCUCCUCGGUUCAUCGCGAACGACCAGCCACCAUUGGUGCUGUUCCCUGGAUUAUACAUCGACAGUGCCCAGCGUCUUUCUCCAUGGGCCUCUCACCCUUGGAUCCAUGCAUGUGUGGCCCAUGAGAACCGUGUUCAAAUGAGGAACCAGCUUUCUUU